UCUCUCUCUCUCUUUCUCUCUCUCUCUCUCUCUCUAUCUCUAUCUGUGUGUGUGUAUUUCACAUGUGUAUGAGUGAAUGUGUUUGUGUGUUUCACAUUAAACAUUUCCAGGCAUGGGCGAAUCGAGUCUAUUGUAGUGCCAAAGGACCAGUAUUUCCAGAGGAACCGGGAAAAGCUAAAAGUAAACAGCAAUCAAAUAAAAAAUCAGAGGUGUGUGAAAACCCAGUGUGUUCUGCAGACAGACAGUCAGAGUGUCCUGAGGAAUCAAGUGAAAAUGAAAGUAAAAAACGAACAGAUGCUGAAUCAGAAGUAUUUGAAAACAGAGACUACUUGACAGCUAGCGGACCAGUCUGUCCUAGCACAUCAGAUGAAAGUGAAGAAAAAACAUCUGCAGAAUCAAAGAUGUUUGAAAACAGAGACUAUUUGACAGUCAGAGGACCAGUCUGUCCUGACACAUCUGAUAAAAGUGAAGAAUCAAGUUAUGCAGAAUCAAAGGUAUUUGAAAACAGAGACUACUUCAGAGACUACUUGAUAGUUAAAGGUCCAGUCUGUCCUGAUGUAUCAGAUGAAACUGAAGACCAAACAAAGGCAGAGUCAAAGGUGUAUCAAAACAGAGACUACUUGAUAGUCAAAGGACCAGUCAGUCCAGACACAUGGGAUGAAAAUGAAGAGCAAAUGGAUUCAGAAUCAGAGGUAUUUGAAAACAGAGACUACUUCAGAGACUACUUGAUAGUUAAAGGUCCAGUCUGUCCUGACAUAUCAGAUGAAACUGAAGACCAAACAAAGGCAGAAUCAAAGCUGUUUGAAGACAGAGAUUACAUGGACUGCUUGAUAGUCAGAGGGCCAGUCUGUCCAGACAUAUCAGAUGAAAGUGAAGAACAAACAAAUGCAGAAUCAGAGGUGUUUGAAAACAGAGACUACAGAGACUACUUGAUAGUCAGAGGGCCAGUCUCUCCUGAUUUACCAGAUGAAAUUGAAUGUGAAGAACAACCUGUUACUGACUCAGGAGAAGUUCCAUCCUUAAGUUCUGCUGUUUUUCAGUUAAGUUCAGGAGAAGUGGGCCCUGGGGCUUCCAAAGAUGGUGACUAUAAGAAUCCAGAAUACUACUCAUACCAUAAGACAUCUUACUAUGAAGCUCAUCUUGAAAUGCUGAAAUAUCGACAACCACAGCCUUCAAACCGUUCACGCUGAAUGUACAGUACAACUUGAGAAAGCUUAUUACCUCAGUAUCACAAAGAAAAUAAUUAAAUUGGAAUCAGCUCUUCACAACAACAUUAAAUAAGCAUAAUAUGAAAAAUAACAUUUACAACAAAUAUAAAUGAUUGCAUAAUACAUUUCUCUUCUGUUGUU